UCCAUCUUGCCCUGCCUUACACUUCCCGCGUCAACACGCUCCUUGAUUCAUUGUCUUCAAGCAUGGCCCUUCCAAUGAAGAAGUCCGUAAUGAAGUCUGCCAUGAAGUCAAUGAAGAAGGCGGCAAAGCCAACGUCGAUGAAGAAGACUGUGAUGAAGAAGAAGGCAGUCAGCAAGAUUGCGCGGGGCAAGCGAGCAAAGGCUGCAGUCUUCCUUGGCAGGAAGGAGAAGACUGCAUCAGGGCAUUCUCGAUCUGACCUGAUGAAGACCAAGCAUGGCCGCAUUGUGACCAAAGCAAAGCAUGCUCAGGGCAAGAAGGCCUACGCCUACAUCUCUGCCUGGACUGAGGCCCUGCAGAAGGCCAGGAAGGAGUUGGGCAUCAAAGGCUUCUGCGCAGUUAACGGGAAAACUGCUCAGGGCAAGGCCCUUUAUGCCAAGACGAAGGCAAUCUUCUCUGCCUGAGCAGUAUCAUGAUGCGCCCUGAUUGGGGUUGGUGCAGGCAUGCUUACGUGGUAGUUCACGGAGUCUUCCUGCCAUCGGACAUUUAGAAAUCAUCUCAGCAUGUAUAGCCAAUCCGCUGAGACAGAUGCUAGGUCAAAGGUGACAGAAAAG